AAUCUCUUCUCUCUCUCUCUCUCACCGAUCUGAUAUUCCCUUUUUUCUCUUUUUUAAAAUCUUUUUUAUUUUUUUUUUUCUGUUUUUUGGUUACACGAUCUGAUCUUCCUUUCAAAAACAAACACAAACACAAACACGACGCCACCGUAUCAUCAUCACCACCGUCUCCUCUUUUCUCUAGUAACUUAAGUUUAAGUCCAAUACAAGUCCCUCACCGUCAAUCUAAUGUCUCCUUCCUCAUUUCCUUGAUAAUUUUUAUUUUCUGAAAAAACAAAUUGAUUCUUGAAUUUCUAACUUAAAAGUUUCUUUCUCUCGUUCUCCUUCUACUUCCUCUUCUUCACUCAUUCCCUCACACAGCAAACCAGACCUCCAUUCUCUUUAUCAAAACCUCUAGGGUUUUGUUAUGAUUCAAUGGCAUUUUCGUCAUUUUGAUAUAUUGUUACUAUUUAUCAAUGACGGCGAGUUCUAGCGGCCUUACUACUCAGCUUCAUUUUAAGCUCUCUCGGCUUCACAUUUCUCCUUUGCAUUCAACUGUUUAUGGAUAUCACCUCAGGGCCAAUAAGAAAAAGUACCGAAGCAGUUGCUGCUGCUGUGAUUCUGUUGCUCCGAUUCGUAGGACUUCCGGCUCGGUUAAGAGUGUUGAGAAAAAAGAAGACAGAUGUCCUCGCACUCGCAGUGUCCGUGUUCAAGCCACUCCUGCAUUGCCUUUUGCUUCUUCUUCUCAGUCUCGCUUUGUUUCGAAACAAGAAAAGUUCUUUCCCCGCUGUACCCCAAGAAAUUCUGGUCCGCAGUCCCGAGAUACUCCACCAAAGAGAGAUACCGGUAUUGCAAAUGAGAAGGACUGGGGCAUUAACCUGUUGAACGAACAUGUUGAUGAAUCUGGCACCAAUGAGGAUGGCAGUACUUGGUACCGGGAAAGUGGAGAAGACCUUGGUGAUAAUGGGUUCAGAUGUAGAUGGACAAGGAUGGGUGGACGAUCACAUGAUGCUACCUCAGAAUGGAAAGAAACGUGGUGGGAGAAAAGUGACUGGACUGGGUACAAAGAGCUAGGUGUGGAGAAAUCAGGAAGGAAUGCUGAGGGGGAUUCUUGGUGGGAAACAUGGCAAGAGGUGCUACAUCAAGACGAAUGGAGUAAUCUGGCGAGAAUAGAGAGGAGUGCACAGAAACAAGCAAAAUCAGGGACUGAAAAUGCCGGAUGGUAUGAGAAAUGGUGGGAGAAAUAUGAUGCCAAAGGCUGGACUGAGAAGGGGGCACAUAAGUAUGGCAGAUUAAAUGAGCAGUCAUGGUGGGAGAAGUGGGGAGAGCAUUAUGAUGGAAGAGGAUCUGUUCUGAAAUGGACAGAUAAAUGGGCGGAGACCGAAUUGGGAACCAAAUGGGGUGACAAAUGGGAAGAGAAGUUCUUUGCUGGAAUAGGUUCUCGCCAGGGCGAGACAUGGCAUGUUUCUCCAAGCGGCGAACGUUGGUCAAGGACAUGGGGAGAGGAACAUUUUGGAAAUGGGAAAGUCCACAAAUAUGGGAAGAGCACAACAGGUGAAAGCUGGGAUAUUGUUGUGGAUGAAGAAACCUGUUAUGAGGCUGAACCUCAUUAUGGAUGGGCGGAUGUUGUGGGCGAUUCCACUCAGUUACUGUCAAUUAAACCGCGGGAUAGACCACCAGGAGUGUACCCAAAUCUGGAAUUUGUGCCAUCUCCGCCACCUUCAAGUGAUGAGGACUCGACUGAGUCGCCUUCUUCACAAUGAAGAGCUGAUUUAUGUGGCUCUAUAUUUUGUCGUGUAGGUGGUUUUUCUAUCAAAAUGUUAUAUCUUAAUUUAAGAACUCUUAGUGUGAGAUACUUUCUAUUUGUUCAUUCUUUGGAUGGUAAAAUGCAUCCAUUUUCAGGUUAUGGUAAGUAGUGGACGUUACCACAGAUUCUUAUUAACGACGUUGCUGCCGAUGUUAUGUAGGCUUUUUAUUUUUACUUCUUUUGUUUAUGUAUUUAAUUUUUUCCUCUUCAAUCAAAUAUUUAUUUUGUCUUUUAGAA